CUGAUUUGAACUUGGUCUGCAGGGCUACUACGACACAAUGGACGCCGGCUUCCGCGACGAGUUUGGCUACGUGUAUGUGACCGCGCGGGACGACGACGUCAUCAACGUGUCGGGGCACCGCCUCGCCACCUCCGCCAUCGAGGACGUCGUCAUGUCGCACCCGGACGUGAUCGACACCGCCGUGGUGGGCGUCCCCGAGCCCACUCGCGGGGAGGUCCCCCUGUGCCUCUUUGUCAUGAGACAAGGCGCCCAGAAGAAGGAGUCUGAGAUUUCCCGAGAGUUGGUGAACAUGGUUCGGGAGCUGAUCGGGGCCAUCGCCGCCUUCCGCCUGUCGGGCGCCGUCAGAGGGCUGCCCCGUACGCGCUCGGGGAAGACGGCGAGGAAGUCCAUCGCAGACCUGGCCAGGAACAAGUUUGUCAAGAUUCCCGGGACGAUCGAGGACCCAAGCGUCUAUCGAGAGAUCAAGAUGGUACUCCAGAAACUAGGCUACGCUCGGACCGCACCUGAUCCAGAAUGAUUGAAGGGCACCGCAGUAUCUCGUACAAAAGUGAUGUGAUGUAGUGAUAAUAAAUUGUUAUACAAACAUUGGCACGCAAAAUACCCCGCAAAAUUUGACACAGAUGAUAAUUUCUUGGCCAAUAAUGGGCCAGUGAAAUUGUAAUUAUUAUGAAAUUAACAACUUUGUUUGAAUAUAUAUUUUUUUUUAUUCUGGUCGCGUCAACCACAAUGAUUAAUGCUAGAACAUUAUGUAAGAGUUAUUUAAGCUUCUCUGAAUGCCAUUUUUUACCUGUUAAACAAAUUGUGCCGGGCUGGAAUCUUCAAUUAACAAAUUUGAAUAUUCAAAGAUGAAUGGAAAGUGUAUUUAUUUAUAGAAUUAUUCCCUUAAUCAGGGGUUCUAAUGUCUGCAGGACGGACAUUUCUACGACUGACGAAUUAGCGGUACUUUAGCGUGUCACAUCUCGCUGUAGCUGGCCGAAAUCGAACGUGUACCACCAAAUGGUUCAUCGAAGACUCAAACACUGUAUAGUUGUAGGAUAGCUGAAUGUAUCGGCAAAACAUCACAAGCCGGGCGAUCUUGAUUAAAUAAAGGAAUUCAAAUGUA